GUAAACAUCAUGCAGAGCCCAGAGCAAAAAUGAGAUUGGGGGGGGGGGGGCGAGGAGGUGGAGGGGGUUAGACCGUUUGUGUGACACAGAGAGUGAGAGAGAAACAGACGGAGAGCUGGAGAAAGAGAGGAAGAGAGAGGGAGAUAGGGAGAGAGAGGGGAGCCUGUGUGUUUGUUUCACCUCCUAAUCAGUUUUCCUGGGGGAUCUAUCAUCGACUGCAGCAGAGGAGGCAAGUGGAAAAGCGGAAAAAGAAGAUAGUACAGUUCAUCCCGGCUGCAAUCUUCUCCCAUCACAAAUUUGAACCUCGUACAAAUGACAGAAAUGGACGCCCCUCUCUCCACCCCAUGCAAUAUCCAGAUUUGCGAGGUGACCUGCGACUCCUUCCGCAUCAUGUGGGACAUGACCCCAGAGGACACUGCCAGAGCCACACACUUCUUCAUCGACCUGAGCCGCAAGGAGAGCAGGGACCCAAACCGCUUUAAACACAGGGAUGUGCCAACCAAGCUAGUGGCCAAGGCUGUUCCCCUCCCCAUGGCGGUGAGGGGACACUGGUUCCUCAGCCCGCGGACCGAGUACUGUGUUGCUGUUCAAACUGCUGUCCGACAGCCAGACGGUGACUACCUGGUGUCAGAGUGGAGCCAGGUGGUGGAGUUCUGCACUGGAGACUAUGCCAUGGAACACCUACAGCAGCUCCUUGACAAGGCUAAGGGCUCUGCAGGGAGGCUGCUGAAAUUCUCUGUGUUUUAUCGCAACCAGCACCCAGACUACUUCGACAACGUCAGGAAGGAAUGCGGAGGACUAAUGCGUUCAGCCCUAAAAGACAGCAGUGGGAGUCAUGGCUCCCCUAUCAACGGCAAACUGCAGGGAGUCUUCUUCAGCUGCAACACAGAGUUUGACACAGGCCUCCCUCCCAAAGACUCCCCCUAUGGCCCCUUGCGUUUCCAAAUCCCAGCUGGACACCUGCUGAACCCCAAAAUCUGCCUGUAUUUUGCAGACUUCUACUGCAUGUACACAGCCUACCACUAUGUGGUGCUGGUGUUGGCCCCCGUUGGCUCUGAGGGAGAUACCUUCUGUCGCACCCGCCUCCCUAUGCUGGACUUGGCCUCCAACCCCUUCCUGACAUACACUGCCCCCCAGAGGCCGGGGGAGGAGCCUCUGUACUGCCACGCCAGCGACGUCAUCCUUGAGGUGCUUUUUACUGAGCCAGUUCGUUUGGAUCUGGGCAGUGUGGAGCAGAUCAGUGGGCACCACCAGCUCAUGAGUCUGACCACAGCCAACGCUAAGAAAGACCCAAGCUGCAAAGUGUGCAACAUUAGUGUGGGGCGCUGAUGGAGAUGCUGAUGUUAAUACAGAGCUGGGAACAUGUGAGCCUACAAUGCUGAAAGACAAAGACAAAACAGUUUGAGUUCAUCAGGUGUAGGUCGGAACACAGUGGAAACAGCCCACCUCUCGGGGUGUGUGCAUGCUGCUUUCCCUCUUCCCUCCUGCCUGGACUAGAAUAGUGAGUAUUAGACUUUUACAAUGUGUAUCGCAGAACUCCGCCAUGAUCACAGCAGGAAAUACAGUAAACGUCCAUCCGUGACUGCUGAACAAAAGCAUAAUUGAAAACAUGAUAGGCUUUAGAAGAACAGAGAAAAUUUGAGCUCCUUAUUUGUUGAGAGUCAUCGGUGCUCUCUGGUGUCUUUGUGGUGUUUUUUAAGUAUCUUUUUCAAACCUUUUUAAUUUACAGCUUUCCCCCUAAGAUGUGUUUAUUUUUUUCUUAUGCUGGACUGCUAGUUUGAUGUGAUUGUGUGUUUGAUACAACUUGGAAGUUCAACUGCUCAAAGCAUGCCCCUUUUAUAAGUCAGUGGUUUUAAAUAUUAUAGAGGUCAUAACAAAUAUUUUGCUAUUUCUGCUUCUUGUGAUGCUCUAUGGAGUUACUGCCAGAUGUUCUUUGUCUUUAAAAAAAAAAGACUUCUUACUGUCAAAUGUAUAACCAUUAAUGCUACAUUGUAGCUU